AUGCACAUUGAUGAUGGCCAAGAUGUUUAUGAAGUGUUCAAUGGAGAAAACGAUUCCAAUUUAUUCAAACUUAACUCUUGGAAAAAAGAUGAAGAUGAUAUGUUGAGAAUGUUAGUUGAACAUAAUGGUACUGACUCAUGGCUAUCAAUUUCAAGAUUGAUGGAGGGAAAAACUGAACUGCAGUGCAAAAAAAGAUGGGAGACGUAUUUAGAUCCUGAUCUAAUCAAGGGGCCGUGGACUAGAUUGGAAGACGACAAAUUAACGGAAUUAGUUGAGGAAUUUGGAAGGAAGAAAUGGUCGUACAUCGCCACAUACCUAAAAGGGCGAACUGGUAAACAAUGCAGGGAGAGAUGGCACAACCACUUGAACCCCGAGGUGAACAAGGCGGCCUGGUCGAAGGAUGAGGAUCUGCUCCUCUAUGAAAUGCAUAAAAUUCAUGGAAAUAAAUGGGCCAAAAUAGCCAAAUACUUCAAUGGCAGAACUGAUAAUUCAAUAAAAAAUCAUUGGCAUGGAACGGUAAGGAGAAGAUAUUACCAAAAAAAUACGCCUGGUCCUUGUGGCAGUCCCAACGUCGUGGCACUCUCUAUACUCAAGCGAUGUGUCUCUGAGUCUGGAAACAACGAAAAUGAAAUUUCAUCUGAAAACUUGAUAAGCCAGAGUAAAUCUCGAGAUGCCAGAAGCACUGUGAUCAACAGAAACACAUGUUCAUUAGAAGCUGAUGCUGAACAAAACUUCUGGUUAAAAGAAUUGUUAAGUGAAAGUGAUUCAGAAAGCAAUGAUCAUUCAAUGGAGAAUCUAUCAAAUGCUUCAUCUGGCCUCAAUUUACCAGCUUUUAAAACGAAUGCAUCACCUCAAACUGCAACCAGUGAAACAGUGAAGUCAGCUCCAGAAAUUGAAUCAGCGUGGAACUCGAGCAUCGGAACAUCUUCGUCGUCGACGUCAUCGCUCGUUACCAAACCAUCAACAGUGCCUUCGCCACUUGAUACCUCGCUGCCGCAGACCCCAUCAUCAGAGUUUUUCCACGUUGCGGGGUUUUCUCCUAAUUGUACUCCACAGUUAACGAACGGAAUGAAUAUUUUAUGUGAUGAUGGCGAGGAAUGCCAGCUCAACACUCCAGUCCACAGUGUUGAAUUGAAUAACAAAAAGGUGGUUGUUUUACGAACUCCUGUACUGCCAAGAUUUCAUGUACAAACCUCCAGUUCUCAGAAGAAAGUUUCUGACAGACUGCUAGGUGUAAAAGGUCGUAUUCUUCUUCAGCAAUUCCCGUUGUCGGCGAAUAAUUUGGAGAUGGGUGAGAAUGACAGAAGUGUUGGCAAAGUUAUCGAACAAAAAGGUGUGAUAUCAAAAAGAACUCCGGGUGAACACGAAAACACUGAUCGUCGUAUCAACCAAAUCAUUCCUUCUAAAGAUACUGCUUACUUGCAUUUGGAUAGAUACGCCGAAUGUGAUUAUGAGGCUGAACUGUUGCUGAAAGAUUCCAGCAUUGAAUUGCAUCAGGAUAUCGAAGCAUCAGAGUUUCAUGAACAACAGGAAUCCGAGAGUUUUGAUCUUUGGUUCAAAGUGGCCUGUGGAAUGACGAAAACACAAGAAGAACUCAUCAAACAAGCCAAACAAUUCAUGAACGCCACUAACCACUCAAAAUCUUUAAAAACAGAACAAAACGAGCUGGUAGAUGUUGAAAAAUAAUAUUUGAUAUAUUAAAUUUUUUUCCCAUUGAAAGUAUAUUUUUGUAUUAACGACGCUUGCUAUUUUCGUUUCUCAUUGCGUCAACACCAAAACUCACUCUGUUAGUCAUUUUUAUCGUUUUUUUCAGCGAGGUGUUAACGUUACCUUCUUAUCAUGCAGGACUUAUCUUUAACAAAUUUAUUUUAAUCGAUAUUUAACAAGCGUCAAUAAAUUAACUAUAUCACAUUUUGA